AUGGAUGCAAAAGACAUUGAAGAGCGUGGUAAACAACUGGCCAAGGCUGCGUCAGGCGGCGACCCUCCGGCGACUCUGCUGGCCCUUCUGGACGGCCUCAAGGGAUGGACGGCGACGGAAAAGCUGCUGCGCCAGACCAAGAUUGGUGUCCACGUCAACAAGCUGCGCCAGAACAGCGAUGCCCAAGUAGCCCGCACCGCCGCUACUCUGGUCAACAAGUGGAAGACAGACGUCAAGAGAACUCCUGCCACCGCCGCCUCCAGUGGCACAAACUCGCCUGCUCCUGCAAAGUCCUCUCCCGCGCCCGCUGCUGCUGCAAAAUCAAAAUCGGAACCUCAUGGCGAUCCCGAGAAGCGCAACAGUGUGUCGGACAAAAUCGAUUGCGCUGUCACUGGAAACCAGACUCGCGAUGCCUGCAUCAAGUUGAUGUACGAUGGCUUGGCUUUCAUGUCGCCUGAUGCUUCACAGGACAUUUUGACCGUUGCUCGUUCCGUCGAGCUUGCCGCCUACAACGCCUAUCAACCCGAGGGCAGUCCCGAGUACCGCCAGCGCAUACGAUCACUCUACCAAAAUCUCAAAAACAAGGGCAAUCCAAAGCUCCGUAGUCAGGUUCUAUCCGGUUUCAUCAAGCCCGAGCGCUUCGUUCGCAUGACCCACGAAGAGUUGAAGAGCGACAAGCAGCGUGCCGAGGACGAGAGACUGCAGAAGGAAAACAUGGACAAGGCUAUGGUUGCGCAAGCCGAGAGGAGCAUCAGUGCCAGUUUGACCUGCGGCAAGUGUGGCCAGAAGAAGGUCAGUUAUAGUCAGGCCCAGACCAGAUCCGCCGAUGAACCUAUGACAACUUUCUGCGAGUGUACCGUCUGCGGUAACAGAUGGAAGUUCUCUUGA